CCAGCAGAGAUCAGAUUCUCUCGACAGAGACCUCUACAGCACACAGAUCCAGUUAUGGCUCCUACAAUCACUGCAGCAAUGACCAACUCUCAGGAGCACCUCACUCUGACUCGCAAACUCAGAAAGCCUCAGGUGGAGAAGUUACGCAGAGAGCAAAUCAGCAGCAGCAUUGAGCAGCUCAAGUCUCUCCUGGGUCCAGAGUUUCUCAAACAGGAGCCAGACUCCAAGCUGGAGAAAGCAGACAUCCUGGAGAUGACAGUUUGUGUCCUGAGACGACUGCAGCAGCAGCAGCAGCAGAAGCAUGCUGACUUCUCUCCUCUGAGCUCCACAGUCCAGACCAGCAACACCAAAGAGAAGAGUCCAGUCGACAGCGCCCCCUGGAGGCCGUGGUAG